UGUAUUGAACGUUCACACUGGAAAUUGUUCAUGAGGACAAGUCAACAGUGCACUUGCACUAUAUUUCAAGAUGCAACACACGCAUGCGAAUUAAAACUUAAAUAGCAUUGCGGAUCAGCCCAGCAUGCGGGCAAGAGUCUCUCUCUCUCUUUCUUCCAUCGUAGCUCUAGGACCCAGGAGAAUAACUCGCAGGACAGUUUAUUUUUUGAGUGAUGAAAAGAACCUGCUCGCAGAAGACUAAGGGGACUGUGCAAGUCAACUGACUAGUGUGGAUAGUCAUCGCGCCGCAAAAAGCCAGAAAAAAAACAGAAAAUAAUUAUAUAUAUCACCUAUACAAUCCACUCGAGGAAGAUCUUCCCCCUUUUUUUCCUUCCAAUCCCUCCCUCCCCAGACCCCCUCUCCCAGACACAGAGUCCGUAUUCAGAGCACCGGUACUCGGUUGGAGGAGCGCGUUUGGAUAACGGGAGGUUUCUGGAGAUCACCGAAUAGGGCAGCCGCGUAGUGCGCACUGUCUAAUCAACCGAUCAGUCAAUCAAACGUUCAGUCAAUAAACCAGCCGUGUCGCAGCAAGAAGCCUCCUUCUCAUCCGCCUGCACGAAUCGAAACGAUUUCUUUAAAUAUACCGCAAAAGGUUGAUUUGAAAGAUUGUUCAACGAGGAUUGCUGCAAAUGUGCCGUUCGCGCGCUCGACGAUCUCAAUGACAACACGGUCUCUUACUGUCGGAAACACUUUUUGCCUUUGGAAACAGGAGAGCGACACGCAAGUCUGUUUGUGUCACGUUACUGCUGCUGGGACACUCUGAGUGACUUGUUAUAUUUCAAACAGGCUAUCGAAUAGUUGAGGCUGUCGCUGGAGUCGUGAUCAGCUGGAAUGAGACUGAGGGAAUCCGCCGCGGCUCGGAGAACUGGGCUGGCUUUCGCUCGGGAACUACAAGGCUAGAUAUACAACUUUUGUGUUAGACUUUAUCUUUCUAUAUGGAGCGAUCGGCAUCGCUGGACAUCGAGGCGCUGAAGAUGACUCAGGAGCAGUAUAUCCUGGCAUCUCAGCCAAACCCCCUCCAAAGGCCAGGAUGUGCUACUGUGUACCCGGUGGGGAUUUAUGGAUGGCGAAAGCGCUGUCUCUAUUUCUUCAUCCUCCUCCUCCUCGUCACCAUGAUCGUCAACCUAGCCUUGACGAUCUGGAUUCUAAAGGUCAUGAACUUCACCGUGGAUGGCAUGGGAACUCUUCGCGUAACCAAAGAGGGCAUCAGAUUAGAGGGAGUAUCUGAGUUCCUCCUUCCACUCUAUGUGAAAGAGAUCAACUCCAGAAGAGGCAGUCCUCUGGUCUUACAGUCAGACCGCAAUGUGACGGUGAAUGCACGGAAUAACCUUGGCCAGCUGACAGGACAGCUCACUGUGGGCUCUGAGAUGGUAGAAGCCCAGUGUCAGCGGUUCGAAGUGAGAAGCAGCGACGGUGAGAGAGUUCUCUUCUCUGCUGAUGAAGAGGAGAUCAGUAUUGGCACAGACAAACUGAGAGUCACAGGCAAUGAGGGAGUUGUGUUUAGCCAUUCAGUGGAAACAGCACAUGUUCGAGCUGAACCAUUCCAAGACCUGAAGCUAGAGUCCCCGACGAGGACACUGACACUGGAGGCCCCUAAAGGUGUUGAAGUCAACGCAGGAGUAGGGGAAUUCAAAGCUUCUUGUAGAAAAGAUCUCACUUUAGAGUCUUCAGAAGGAGAGAUCUUUCUAAACGCAAACUCAAUCCGUCUUGGGAAUCUUCCACACGGGACCGUGGACACAUUGCUCGGUCCAGGGACCACUUACCCCAAACAGACUGUGUACGAGGUGUGCGUAUGUCCCAGCGGCAAGUUAUAUCUGUCUCCGGCAGAGAGCUCCUCCACCUGCCGGACCACAAACAGUGUGUGUCUCUGGAGCUGAGAUAGGUGGGUGGGCCAUGGACCUCCCAGCACCAGAAAGGCCUUCCUUCACCUUUCCACUCCUGCUCCUUCCCUUCCUCCUCUCCUCUGACCUCAAUCCUAUCUCAAUCCUAUCUUUUUAACCACCCAUUCAUCCCCACUGUCCAUUCCCCCAUCCAUUUGACUAAUCAGUUUCUAUCUGUCUGUCUGUCUAUCUAUCUGUCUAGCAAUUUAGCUAGCAAUCUGUCAUAAAAACAUAUAUCUGUAUGUCUGUGUGUCAGUCUGUCUAUCUAUCUAGGUACCUGUCUAUCAUAAAAGCAACCUUGUGUCUGUCUGUCUGUCUGUCAGUCAGUCAGUUUGUCUAUCUGUCUGUCUAACUGUCUUUCAUAAAAGCAACUGUUUGAUAGUCAGUCAGUCUAGCUACAGUAUCUAUCUAUCUAGCUGUCUAUCAAAAAAAA